AUGGACAUCGAUGGAAAUGGUAUAGAUGGGAUUGGUGAGGGCGCAAAUGUGACCAACACAGUUGAGAUGGAGAAUGAUAUUUCUAUGGAAAUGGAUCAAUCCGCAGAUGACAAGGGUGCAGAAUGCACAUGUGAACCAAAUGGACAGCAUAAUGGUCUGUAUGACACAUCUCCUGCAACAGAAAGUUUGCAAAACUCGACCAUCACACCGGUCAUAGCUUCCACAAAAAUAAACCGUACACAGAAUAUAGUACAGAUAUCCCCUCAGCCUGGAAUUUUCCGUCGAUUCCGCGACUUUCCAGCAGAAGUUCGCUGUAUGAUAUGGAAAUAUCACGCAGAAGAUGAAGAAGACUUCGGAGAACCGCGCACGCUCACCAUCAUUGCAAAAUAUUCUGGUGAGAAUACCAAAAAUAAUACACGAUGUAAUUACGUUAUGGAAUUAUUACAUCGCAUGGAGCUCACCGACGAAUAUAACACUCGUUCCUUUCAAAAGAAUGUUAAAUGCCCAUGA